AUGGCCACCAACAGCACCUGCGCCUCGCCUGAAGUCUCUCUGUCAUCCCUGUCUCCCGACGAGACCAUCCUGCGUCUUCCUCACCCCUAUCAAACCGACUACAAUCUGCACCGGGCCACGACCCCUGGCCCUCCCCCUCGCAAGGAGCUCGCCGACAUCCCUCUGUACCGAAUCCGCGAAAAGGUCGGGUCGGCCAAGGCGCCCACACCUUGCAAGCUUGACAACGCCCGCCUCUUAUUCUCCGAGCCGACACACCUCAAGUCCAGCGAGCUGCCGCCGGCUGCCAACAACAGCGCUUGGGCCAGGGCAAGGCGAUCGCCAUGCUCCUUCGUCGUCUGGGACGGCCCUGAAGCGCUGCCCUCGCCGGCGCAGGCCUGGCUACUGCUCUAUGUCUUCUUCACCCUGCGGCCCGGCAACGAGUCGAUCCGGCUUGAGCUCAGGGGCCCCGGUGCUGCCACGCUGGCUCAGCAGCUGAUCGAUCUCCUCCUCGCGACUUCACAAGCACCGCCGUCGGGGACCGCGGAAAGCCAGACAUCACACUCCGGGCUCGACGAGGCCCUAGUCGUCGCGCGGCAAGGCACCUUCUGGCAGGGCGCGGGCUCUCCGUUUGGGCCUCGUCCCGUCUGGCUGCCUGAGGGAACCCCCCGGUCCCUGCGUUCCUCUUCGGGCCCGUCUCCGUCAUACCCCAUUGCCCCUCUUCACCACACAAUCACCGUUGCCUCGGCCGGCGACCCGCAAGAUCCGCAUCGCUAUCAGCAGUCAUAUCAUCCCAUCCGGCCAGCAAAGCCCGCUCCCGGCGCUCUCAUCUACAGUCGAUGGAUCCCUCACAUCAAGGAGACCUUUUCCAUGGUCGUCCUCGACUGGGAGAAUGAGGAGCACCUAGGGCUUCUCCACGGCUGGAUGAACGACCCUCGUGUAUCCCAGGGCUGGCACGAGGAGGGCACUUUAGAGCACCACCGCCAGUAUCUCCGGACCAUCCAUGACGACCCGCACCAGAUGGCUGUCCUUGCCAGAUGGGAUGACACUUUCUUCGGCUACUUUGAGUUCUACUGGGCCAAGGAGGACCGACUGGGCGGCUACUACGACGCCGGCGACUUUGACCGCGGGCGCCACGCUCUCGUCGGCGAUGUGCGCUUCCGCGGGCCGCACCGCGUGUCUGGCUGGUGGAGUAGCCAGAUUCAUUACCUCUUCCUCGACGACCCGCGGACCAUGUACGUUGUCGGCCAGCCGAAAAUCUCCGACCCAACCUCAAGUCUCUACGAUUUAAUCCACGGCUUCCGCAUCGAUCGGUUUAUCGACCUGCCGCACAAGCGGAGUACCGUCAACGGCUGCCCGCGCGGCAAGUUCUUCCAGCUGUGCCCAAUGGCGGAGCAGGAGAAGGCUGUGGGUGGAUUGCAGUUGGUGCUGGGGCCGAAGCUAUGA